AAAAAGCAUAUGUAUAAAAUAUAUAUAAAUACUGACAUCAAUCACCAUCAGUUAUCAGUCAUCAAAAGUCACCAGUCGAGUAGGUCGUGGUUGACAUUACUUGAUUACUCCUUUCUGCAUGAUGAGGGCCCUAUGGAUUUUGGCUUUACUGGCCGGCGUUAAAGCCGACACCGAAUAUGUAAGGGCAUAUGUAGAUACUCUAGAAUCUAGCGACAACUCUUGUAAUUUCACCAUAAAAGGAAGGAAAUUUGAGAUUGUUGGAGAGAGGCCAUGCAAUUUAUUGUAUGUAGCCUUUCAUCGCCCAACUGAAGUUGGUUUUGAAAUAACUGAUGGCAAGCAUGUCAGUGUUGGUUUUGCUGAUUAUGAACACUUAUCUCAUUGGCGUUCGAGGGUAACAGAAAGAGAAUCGUUCCAAUAUCAAAUGGAAGGAAAAGUUAGGAAAGUUUUCAUUAAUUUUAGAGAUUAUGGAACAUGUCACAUCGCGAUCGACACUGGAAACAAAAAUAUAAGACAUAAUAAUGAGUAUCACGUAACUAACAAUCUGAAAAUGUGUAACAUGGCUCUGAUUGCAUUUUAUGCCAAUCAGACUAUCAAACUGAUAGGUGUCGUUGUUACGCGUGAAAAUAUUCCGAAUGGUAUUAUUGAUUUAAAAUAUAGUUACUGUUCUGAAAAAGAAGAUUUUGGGAUUUCUGAGAAAGAAAAAAAUGGUAAAUAUGUCCAAGGAGAUAUUUUACAAAAACUAAGGACCAAUCUCUGAUAAUCGAAAAAUGUAAUUCUCGUAUAUUGGAUCGGCAUUAAAAUAUAAACUCGCAAAAUAUGUGGACUGAUUUUGUAGGUAGGUACCUACACAUUUAUCUCGAUAUGCUUUAUCAAUUUAGUGUUGAAUCAAUGCGAUAUUGAAAUAUUAUCAUGAAUCAUGAAUAAAAUAAAAAAGAAGAAAGUAGGUAUAGGUUUUUAUGAGCGUAUUAAUGCUAGGUAUAUCAUUGAGUAUCAAAUAUCGUCAUAUACUUUAAACUCAAUGGUGCUAUAUAAUAAGGUGCUCUGUAUAGAAUAGAAUUUCAUGUUUCUCCUUAGUACAUCAUCUUAGCAAUAUUUGUUAUACAUACCUAUAUGUUUACAGUGUUAUUGAUGGUCAAUAUAUUUUCUAAUUCAU